AGGAAAUACAAACAGGUUGUUCAGGUUUUGAGUCUGUUAUUAGAUUUCGCCGGUAGAAAUAUAUAUAGUGCGGAAGUCGGCUAAUACUGACAUUAGUGUUGUAGAUUCAGGUUUACUGAUCACAGUGAACACACACACGUCUGUGAAGUUCACUUGUGAGCGAUCAUGGAAGCGACUCGGAUUCAGAUAUCGCUGUUUCUGUGUCUGCUAUCAUGCGCAUCGUCUCUCGGGACUCGAUACACGCCCGACUGGGCCAGUUUGGACGCUAGACCAAUUCCUGACUGGUACGACGAUGUGAAGUUUGGGAUCUUCGUGCAUUGGGGGGUGUUUUCGGUGCCUGCGUUCGGCAGCGAGUGGUUCUGGUGGUACUGGAAGGGAUCCCAAAGCCCCAGCUAUGUCCAGUUCAUGACCAAAAACUACCCUCCUGGAUUCAGCUACACAGACUUCGCUCCUGAUUUCCACGCGCAGUUUUUUGAUCCUGAAGAGAUGGCUGAUAUCUUCGAAGCUUCUGGAGCAAAAUAUGUGGUCCUCACAAACAAACAUCACGAGGGGUUCACAAACUGGGGGUCCCCGUACUCCUGGAAUUGGAAUUCGGUUGAUAAUGGACCUCACAGGGAUCUGGUUGCAGAUUUGGGCGCUGCGAUAAGAAAGAGGUCUCUGCAUUAUGGACUCUACAACUCGCUGUAUGAAUGGUUCAAUCCCAUCUACCUGAGCGACAAGCAGUCUGGUUUCAAGACUCGGGAUUAUGUUGAAAAAAAAGCCAUGCCAGAGCUCUACGAACUUGUCAACAGGUACAAGCCGGACUUGAUUUGGUCAGAUGGCGACUGGGAAGCACCUGACACUUACUGGAACUCUACAGGAUUCCUGGCCUGGCUCUACAACGACAGUCCGGUCAAAGAUGUGGUGGUGACCAAUGACAGAUGGGGGAAGGGGUGUUACUGUAAACAUGGAGGUUAUUACAAUUGUGCUGACAAGUUCACUCCUGGAGAACUGCCCAAUCACAAGUGGGAGAAAUGUCAGGCAGUGGACACAAUAUCAUGGGGGUAUCGCCGAAACAUGAAGCUAAGCGAACUGAUGGAUCUACCAACCAUUAUAAAGGACAUGGUUAACGUCGUGGCAUUGGGAGGGAAUUACCUGUUAAAUGUGGGGCCAACAUCAGACGGCAUAAUUGUACCUGUCUUUGAGGAACGUCUCCGAGGGGUUGGAGCCUGGCUGAAGGUCAAUGGUGAUGCCAUCUAUGGAACUAAGCCUUGGAGAGUUCAGACUGAGAAUGCUACAGUUCCCGUCUGGUAUACGUCAAAAAGCAGCACUGUGUAUGCGAUCUUCACCUCCAAUCCCAUGCAGAACUCCUUUAAGCUUUUAACGCCUAGAACCUCCUACAACACAGUGGUGACUUUGCUGGGGAACCCUGAGCCUCUAAAAUGGGCUCCUCUGCAGACAUCAGGUCUGAUUGUUCUGCUGCCCGAUCUGCCUUUCACACCCGCUGAGGCCUGGACGCUCAAGCUGGAUGAGGUGGCCUAAAGCCUUUAACACCAUUUUUUUAAUCACCAUUUUAAUGAGAUUCUCAGGGAUGAUCCCCCCCCACCCAGCCCUAUAUUUUCCUACUUGAAAACUAUGACACAUUUGAAUGGCCUUAAAUAAAGAUCCAAAUGUAGGUUCAAGUGGAGACUAAUUUUUCAGUCCUGUCAAUCAUUGCUGCGAGCAUAAAUAAGCAGCAGUCGCAAUAGUUCUGGCUUCCCUCUACCUCCUCUUCUCCUCCAUUUCAUUUCUUUACCUGUUCUUUGCACUCUCGUGAAACGGUUACUAAACAAACUGUGAAAUGUUAUGUUUUUAAAUUCGUUCAUGAUUCUGUAUGCGUGGAUUAGUCCCAACCUAUUAGUUGUGUGUGAAAAGCCCUUAGCAUCUCAGUCUAGCACCAAUUCAAUGUUAUUUUUGCAAUAGUAACACAUUUAUAAAUUUGUUUCCUUGAUUUUUUUUUGCCCUUCACUGAUUUCAUGCCUGAAAUUUUGUAUUGCACUUGAUUAAAAAAUAAAUCAAUAAAAAUUGUAUUGUAUAG